AUGCGUAUUUUCGUGGCUUUCAUCGGCGCUGUAGCCGCUCUCGCUGUCCCAGUCGCGGCCCGCGCGCUACCAGAAGCCGGGGUCGCAGCAGUGGUCUCAUCUGAAGUCACGUCUGGACUGGUUGCCACUGAGGCGGCCAUUGCCAAACGUUCAUCCAAGGUCCCCGACGGCAUCGCAGGUGUCUCUCCCGAUGAGGCCUCUCCGGAUACUCACUAUUGCGGCUACGCCUACUCCGAGCAUGGUCUACGAGGCUACAAUGUGGCCCUUGUAGUCGAUUGGGAUACUCACACCGACGGACAUUUUAGAAGCUACAUCAUAUCUGGCAAUUGUGACUGUGAGUUCCGAGGCAAGGGCGUUGGGAAUCAGGAAAAUUUCCUUCACAUCAAGGGACCGGGUCAAGGAGAGCUCCCGUGGGAUGCGUGGUUCUUCUUCUGCAAACUCGUUGGCCACACAAAGCGAGACCAGGUUGAAGAUUCCGCAGUAGUAGCGUCGCCAGCGUCCCCGGACCAUGAUGAAACUAUCUAUUGUGGCUACGCCUAUACCGAAAAAGGUCUACGAGGUGAGAACAUCGCACUUCAAACGGACAUGGUGUUGCAGAAAGACAAAAACUUCAAGAGCGUCAUUAUAUCUGGCGAGUGUUUAUGCACCUUCCACACUGGAAAAGAUGGAGCUGAAGGCCCACUCCAAAAAAUCAAAGGGCCGGUUCAAGGUGACCUCCAGUUGGAAUCCUUUCGCGCCUAUUGCGUACAGGAUGGCUUCAAGAAGGGGGAACAGGCCAAAGAUCUCGGGGCAUCAACAUUGGCGCCAGCACCAGCCCCGAGAAGCGACGACACCAUCUACUGUGGAUACGCCUAUACUGCGCCCAAUUUACGAGGAGAGAAGUACGAUCUUGCAGCCGAUGCGGUGGUGCGUGACAACAUCUUCAAGAGCUACAUCAUCUCCGGCCAAUGUAAAUGCGAUUUCAUACCUUACCAUGACGAUCAUCCAAGCGAAACAAUCAAAGGGCCAACACAAGGAAAUCUCAUCAAGGAGGCGAGGGAGGUCUGGUGCAGGCAGGAUGGCUCUAGGCAGCGCGACGAGAUUCAAGUACUUGCAGCGCGGGAGGAGACUGUGCAGUGA